AAGAAAGAACGAUAUUAAUCAGAAUCGUGAUUAAGAAGAGGAUUUGGAAAAUGGAAGCUUCAGAAUUGGAUGAAUCUAUGAAGGUGUUGGAUUCGUGUUUAGCACUUAUCAAUUGGCGCCUCAAACCUUCUACCAAGCGUAGAUUACAAUUAGAUAUUCUGGCACUCUCUACAAGAAUGAGACCAGUUGUAAUGGUAGAUUAUGGUGGAAAGAUGCCUGAACUUCAACACCAUCUCUCUUCACUCCUCCAACUUACACAAAAGGAUUCCCCAUUUUUUGAGCAUCUAAGAUUGAUGGUUAUACAAGACAUGAUAUACUUGAUACAUGUAACUGAACUAGCUCAACAUGUUAGAUCAAGCUUCAACUCUGAAAAACCACAGUUGCUCUUUGUGGACCUUGAACACGAACCCCCUAAGAUGAUAACACAGAUUGAGAAAAGCCAAUUGGCAAUGCAGUUCAUAUCAAUUCAGAAGUUGUUUUUGACAUCAUUUUGUCCUGAGGGAAUCACCAAUCCCGCACCAUCCCAGGAGGCAAAAUGUAUGGAUAAUAAUGCUAACUCCACUGCUCACUGUUUUAACGCUCAUUCCACCGAGUACAUUGAUCUCAGUAACUGCAUGGACAACACUGACGUGACAGUGCCAACCUUGAAUGGAUGGCUUCUAGGCUAUCCAGUGGUGUAUCUGUUUGGCAAGGAGCGUAUUGCUGAUGCCAUUUAUAAUCUUUCAACCAAAUAUCUUCAUAUUUUUCAAGUGUCUAUCUGCAGGAAUAGUACUCUCAAGAAAGGAACUCAAGCUGAAGAACUUUUAAGUUUUUCAGUGCCUUAUGAUCUAAGUAUGAGAGGGAGUGAUGAACAAUGGGCAGAGGCUUUUCUGGCUCACAUGCGGGCAAAGUGGGAAAGAUGUGCAAAUGCUUGGAAGUCGUUAAAGAUGGAGGUUACUGAAUGUCAUCCCCAAGCUAUCGUGCUAUAGUUGUCUCCUCAUCUAGGCUCUACCUUUGCAGUGUAGAAUUUGAAUCCUCAAACUAUAAGAAGGUAAUUUAGAGAAUAGAAUAAUGUACUUAAAUUGAAUAAACGGCAACACCUAUCAGAAAAUAAUAUGUUGAAGGAUAUAUCAUACUACGUUGCAACUUGCUACAUGGACCAUUGUAAAGGUUAACGGGUAGCAAUUGUAUGGAGGUUUGAAAAAAAAAAAAAAGGGAAAAGUGUGUAUCAUUUCAAAAGAUGUAAA